UGGGAGCCGAGGACUCAGUCUUGCGUGGGUGUGUGAGGGGAGAAAAGCGGUGGAGCUCGGGACCCGCUGAGGUCAAGCUGGGGGCCUCCGCCAGGAUUCGGAGAUCCCAGCCCCUUGGCUUCUGCCCACGCCAUUUAUCCUUGCACCCGGCGCCGUCCAAGGCAGGCAUAGCUGGUUUCGGGGCCAAGACGUUCUGGGGGAACCGCGAUGGCGUCGGUCCCGGGCUCUCAGGAACGCGAAGGGCUGCUGAUAGUGAAAUUGGAGGAAGACUGCGCCUGGAGCCAGGAGCUGCCCCCGCCUGACCCAGGGCCCAGCCAAGAGGCCUCCCAUCUCCGCUUCCGACGAUUCCGCUUCCAAGAGGCCGCUGGUCCCCGGGAAGCGCUCAGCCGGCUCCAGGAGCUUUGCCAUGGCUGGCUGCGGCCAGAGAUGCGCACCAAGGAGCAGAUCCUGGAGCUACUGGUGCUGGAACAGUUCCUGACCAUCCUGCCCCAAGAGAUCCAGAGCAGGGUGCAGGAGCUGCAUCCGGAGAGCGGCGAAGAGGCAGUGACCCUUGUGGAGGAUAUGCAGAGAGAGCUCGGGAGACUGAGGCAACAGGUCACAAACCAAGGGCGGGGAACAGAAGUACUUUUGGAGGAGCCUUUGCCUCUGGAAACAGCAGGAGAGUCACCGAGCUUCAAGCUGGAGCCAAUGGAGACUGAGCGAAGCCCUGGCCCAAGGCUGCAGGAGCUACUAGGCCCCAGCCCUAAAAGGGACCCCCAGGCUGUAAAGGACAGGGCAUUAUCUACUCCCUGGCUUUCUCUCUUUCCUCCUGAAGGGAACAUGGAAGACAAGGAGAUGACUGGGCCCCAGUUGCCUGAAAGCAUAGAGGAUGUGGCCAUGUACAUCUCCCAGGAGGAGUGGGGUCACCAGGAUCCUAAUAAGAGAGUCCUCUCCAGGGACACGGUGCAAGAGAGUUAUGAGAAUGUGGACUCUUUGGAAUCUCACAUUCCCAGUCAGGAAGCCCUCAACACCCAGGUGGAACAAGGAGGAAAACCAUGGGAUCCCAGUGUCCAGAGUUGCAAGGAGGGUGUGAGCCCCAGAAGUGCAGCUCCAGGGGAAGAGAAAUUCGAGAACCCAGAAGGAAGUUCUCCAUCUGUUUCCCUUGAGAACACCCAUCCUCAGGUGCUGUUCCCUGGCCAGGCCAGAGGGGAAGUACCCUGGAGUCCAGAGCUGGGAAGACCUCGUGACAGGGCAGAAGGGCAUUGGGAACCUCCCCCAGAGGACAGAACAGAGCAGUCCUUAGCUGGAGCCACAGGUUGCAGAGAACUGGUGCGACCAAAGGAAUUGCAGCCAAAGAAACUCCAUCUAUGUCCCUUGUGUGGCAAAAAUUUCUCUAACAACUCAAACCUAAUUAGGCACCAGAGAAUACAUGCAGCAGAAAAACUGUGUAUGGGUGUGGAGUGUGGCGAAGUUUUUGGUGGGCAUCCACACUUUAUGUCACUACAUAGAGCACACCUAGGAGAGGAGGCCCAUAAGUGCCUGGAAUGUGGAAAAUGCUUCAGUCAAAAUACCCACCUGACCCGCCACCAGCGUACCCAUACAGGUGAGAAACCUUAUCAGUGCAGCGUCUGUGGAAAAAGCUUCUCUUGCAACUCUAACCUUCACAGGCACCAGAGGACACACACUGGGGAGAAGCCCUACAAGUGUCCAGAGUGUGGGGAGAUCUUUGCUCAUAGCUCCAACCUCCUUCGGCACCAGAGGAUCCACACCGGAGAGAGACCCUAUAAGUGUGCUGAGUGUGGGAAAAGUUUUUCUCGGAGUUCACACCUUGUUAUUCAUGAAAGAACCCAUGACAAAGAGAGACUUGACCCCUUUUCUGAGUGUGGGGAGGCCAUGAGUGACAGUGCCCCCUUUCUUACAAACCAUGGAGCCCACAGAGCUGAAAAGAAACUCUUUGAAUGUUUGACUUGUGGGAAAAGCUUCCGGCAGGGAAUGCACCUCACCAGACAUCAGAGAACACACACAGGAGAGAAACCAUAUAAAUGUACCCUUUGUGGGGAAAACUUCUCUCAUAGAUCCAACUUAAUCAGGCACCAGAGAAUUCACACAGGUGAAAAACCCUAUACCUGUCAUGAGUGUGGAGACAGUUUCUCUCAUAGCUCUAAUCGGAUUCGUCACUUGAGAACCCAUACAGGUGAAAGACCCUAUAAAUGUUCUGAAUGUGGAGAAAGCUUCUCUCGGAGUUCACGCCUUAUGAGUCAUCAGAGAACUCACACUGGUUAAGGACAGUGGGACUUCUCUUAGCCCCGGAAUCAGUGGCAUAUUCAGAGGUCUUACCAAGAGCCCAGCUGGCUAAAUGACCUGUCUUCCAGGUAGUUGAUAUAAAAGAAUAUGAGGCUCAUUUAGAGGGAGGUGCAGAGGCAGCAGAGUAUUAGCUUCACACUAAAAAGGAGUUCAGUCUGCAGUAGUAAGGAUAUAAGUCUUUGAAGUGACCUGCUCUGGGUCACUUUUUGUCUGAAGGUGCACCCACUUUCUUGGUGCAUUUAACCAAGGUGUGGUUUGGGUGCCUUACUGUGUCCAUUUUUAACCCCAAAACUUUGGGAGUCUGUGAUCUUUUUCUACUCCUCCCUUUGGAGUCAGUAGGAGUGUUUGGGCUCUUGGGAAUGUUUGAGAGCACAGAAGAGUGGCCAAGUCUCCUAGGAAACCAGCUGGAGGUCAAACAAACCUGGUUGUAGGUUGCAGCUCUCUUGAAGGCUCUGGCUAGAAAGCUGUGGGCAGUCUUGGUCAACCACCACAGUGCAGUGGUGCAAGGAGUGUCCAUCGGCAGACCACAUAAGCAAGUAUGACUGGAGACAAAAAGGAACCAGAGGUUUGAAAGAAAUUCUGAGGUGGAACUUGCAGGUAAGCCCAGAAAUUGGCAGAUGAAAUGGGUGAGUGAUUACUCCACCCUUUGCAGAGAUUGAAACCUUCCCUCACCAUUGUCAAAAAAAGAAAAAAAAAAUUACAGAGCUCUGGAGUCUUGUUCCUGGACGGAGGGUUCCAUCAAAGUGGAUCCUACAGAAGUUAGGGGAUUAUGUUUUCCCUGUUGAAAAUGUUUGAAUGGUAAUAAAUAUC